AUGGUCCAGUUGCCGGAUAUAAUUAAGUACCCAGCAAUCAAUUUGAUAGGUGAAACAUGUUAUACAUCAUUAGCAGAGAACCUUAACAUCAGUGACACUGCAUGCCUCAAACUUCUUUUGUCCAAGGGUCUCGGUAUAGGAAUCAUCUUAGCCGGUUCGAUCGUAAAACUUCCACAAAUAAUUAAAAUCAUGACUGCCAGAUCUUCACGUGGAUUAAGUUUCGAGAGUAUGGUUUUGGAAACAUGUGCGUUUGGUAUAGGAUUGGCAUACAAUCUCCGCAAUGGCAAUCCAUUUAGUACAUUUGGUGAAGCUUUCUUCUUGACCAUUCAAAAUAUCAUUAUAUUACUCUUAAUGCUAUACUACGCGAAUCGUAAUAGAGAUCUCAUCAUCACCUUUAUUUCCAUGAUUAUAAUCACGUAUUCACUUGGAUCUACAGAGCUUAUUAGUGAUUCAAAUUUAGCAUUUCUUCAGACUCUGUGUAUUCCAUUAUCGUUAUUUUCGAAAUUUCCACAGAUAAUUACGAAUUAUAAAAAUGAGGGUACAGGUCAAUUGUCGGCAAUUGCGACUUUUGGAUUCACAUUGGGUUCGUUGGCUAGAAUCUUUACCACGCUUACAGAAAUUGAUGAUAAUAUAAUUUUGGUUGGGUUUCUUUUAGCUUCUUUGUGUAAUUGUAUUCUAUCGGGCCAGAUGAUUUACUAUUGGAACGUUGAAAGCAAGUUUCUUGAUAAAGAUAAAAAAGAAGUUUAA